UUGUGGUUAUUUUGCUGUGUAGUGAAUAGUGACAAGUUGAUGGCGAACGCAAUAUUUUUCACUGGACUUCUCAGGAACUAGACAACGUUCUCCUGCACUGUCCACACCAAACAUAUCCCACAAUGGCUGUGCUACUGCCCCCAGAUCCAGUCUAUAGUCUCCGAAGUGCAGAUAUGGGCCCAGUUCACAGUCUCUGCUUCUUUGAUUCUGAAAAACUCUAUGCGGGAACAUCUUCCGGAUGUAUUUUCCUGUGGGAUUUGCAGACUAAUCGUUGUCUUACGAACUUCAGAGUAGCCUCACAGCCCGUGAUUGCCUUACAUCGUGACAAAAGAUAUGGCCUGGUGAGUCAGGAAAAGGGUGCCAAAGUAAAAUUGUGGCAGCUGAAAAAUUGUGGCUAUGAGGAAGUUAGCCAGAUUGAGACUGAGAGUGGCAAUUUCUGCCGCAUUGACUGCUCUGAUGAGAGGGAUUUGCUGUUGGUGCCCAAAGGUGAAAAUCAUCUUCAUAUCCACAAUCUCAGGGAUCUGUCUCUCGUGAUGAAACUCACGCCUGAAGGCAAUGAGAACUUUGGAGCUUUGAUGAGCAUCAAGAUCAUUGAUCCAGAUGCCAGCUGUGUACUGGGAGCCUUCGAAUCUGGACAUUUUGUCACAUGGGACCUGAGGGAGGGUAAAGUACUCUCUGUGAAGAAACUAGAAGAGUGUCCAAUGGCUCUGGACUAUGACAGUCUCACAAAUCGUGGCAUUUACGCUGGACCCAAUGAUAAAAUCCAUGUAUUCGACUAUCAACGACCCCAGAUGCUCCUCCAUGAACGAUCGGAGAUCAAUUUAAAAAAUCCAGGUGUCAGUUGCCUACGUAUUCGUCCCGAUAGGAAGAUUUUUGUGUCAGGCGGUUGGGAUGGACGCAUUCGGGUAUUUUCUUGGAAGAGCCUACGUCCCCUAGCUGUACUUACGGAGCACAAGAAAAGCAUCUCGGAUGUGGCCUUUUCACCAGGACGUGUAGAACUGUGGCGGGCACCUCUGAUGGCCAUUGCCGGUGAAGAUCGCCAAAUUACCCUCUGGAAUCUUUAUAAUUGAAAACAUAAAAAGGCACUCCUGUAAGCAUAUCUCUUUUUUUUUAUUCACAUAAAGACGUCUCCUCGCGGAGAUUACAUUGUCGAAAAAUUUUUCUUCCUAAUACUGAAUCCCUAUAUAAAACUCCUUCCGAGCAUUCUCCAGCCACUUGAUAAGAAACUUUGAUAUGGCAUUUUCUACUUCUCAAAAUGAAGGAGGCUCCGCAUUAGACAAAUGUGGAGCACUUCUUAUGAGGCAUUGUUAGGACUGAAAUAUUUUUUUCUAAUAAAAUGUACUGUUUGUUUAUAUUUAUGUAAUUGGUUACCAAUAAAAUACUGAAAAACUAA